AAUUGUACAGCUACACAGAAGAGCCAGAAUUCUUCUUGCAAAAAAAGGCAUUUGAAGAUCUCUUGGAAGAGUAUGAUUUACAUGGACGGUGGACUACCUUUAAUGAUUCUCGGAAAGAAAAAAUCAUUUUACGUCUUCUAGAUUCAAUUGAAGUUUCUCAGCGAUCUACUCGAAUGCAAGCAGCUAGAGCAAUAUUGUAUUUAGUGCAAGGUGUUUUUGGAGAAUGUAUUACUCUUGAUCAACAGUCUCAGUUGGCCAGGGUUAAUGUUUUUCUUCUGUAUAAUUUCGGAGUAUUUUAUACAUUUGUUCAACUGUUGAAUAUGGAGAUAGAGAAUAGCAGUGCUGCUACAUCUGCUCUUCGAAAGCCAGCUGUGUCUUUGGGUGAUAGUACAGAUCUACGUAUAAUUUUAAAUGUUUUGUAUACUUUUGUUGAAGUUAUGCGUGUUCCUUGUGAAUCUGAUACUGAUGAAAUGAAGAGAUGUCGAGAAAAUUUUCAUAAAGAGAUUGCUUUGCCUUUGUUUGGAGAGGAUUUAUUAGCUCAUACACUAUUCCAAAUGGUAACAAGGUUCUGCAGUGGUAGUGCUCCACAUUUUCCAGUUAAGAAGAUUUUACUCCUUUUAUGGAAAACAAUUUUGGUCUCUUUAGGUGGAACUGAAGAAUUACGGAAAUUGAAAUCAAAAUAUCGUACCGAAGCAGGUCUACCACCUGUACCAGAUGAUACCAUUGAAGUUACAAGAACGAUGAGAGCAGCAUCACCUCCUGCUUCUGCAGCUGACCUGAUUGAAGCACAGCAGCAGAGAAAGAAUAAUAGACCUUUCAAAAGACAAACCUUAGUAAAGCAGAGUAGUAUGGAUGAUUCAAUGGCAUUUCAAGACCUUGAAAGUGAUAGUGGAACUGAUGAUGAAUUGCGUUAUAUUGAAGAGCAUCAAGCUGUUGAAGAAGAAUAUCGACCCCCAACUCCACGACCGUCCACACCUUUGCCUACAUCUCUUUCUGAUCAUGGCAUAAUACCUCAAAAUAAAGGGCUUCCUUGGGUUCCAAAAGUUCGGCCAAAAGAUAUAGAUAGCUUUUUAGACCAUACUCGCAUGAAGUUUGUGGGUUUUCAAUUGAACAAUGAUCAGACAUCUCUAGCUGGUUUGCCUCUUCCUAUUCAUGAAGGUCUUAAAGUUUUAAAACAGCACGUGUAUGUAUCCUUAGCUGAAGUACAAAUUAAACGAGAGGACGAAAUAUCAAAACUUCCAUUGUCAAAGAAAGAAGUAUGCAUUCCACAGACUUCAGUUGAAAUAUUGUAUCAUGCUAUUCUUCCUAGCUUACCUCAGUAUAUGAUUGCUCUGCUGAAAAUAUUGCUUGCUGCAGCUCCAACUUCUAAAGCAAAAACAGAAUCAAUCAAUAUUAUGGCUGAUGUUUUACCUGAGGAAAUGCCAAUGACAGUUAUUCAGUCUUUGAAAUUAGGAAUUGAUGUGAACCGACACAAGGAAAUUAUUGUUAAAGCAAUAUCAGGCAUUUUGCUUCUUCUCUUAAAGCAUCUGAAGUUAAAUCACAUAUAUCAGUUUGAGUACAUGAGCCAGCAGCUAAUGUUUGCAAAUUGUAUACCGUUAGUCCUCAAGUUUUUUAACCAGAACAUCAUGUCUUAUGUGGGUGCAAAAAAUACUAUUUCAGUAAUAGACUUCCCUGCUUGCGUUAUUGGGGAGCAGCCAGAGCUCACAGAAGAAACUCUGGAAAUGGGAGACCAACUGCCUUACUGUUGGAGAAACCUGUUUUCUUGCAUUAACUUGCUUCGUCUUUUGAACAAAUUAACUAAAUGGAAGCAUUCACGAAUAAUGAUGCUUGUUGUUUUUAAAUCAGCCCCUAUUUUAAAGCGAGCAUUAAAGGUCAAACAUGCUAUGAUGCAGCUCUAUGUUCUGAAGUUAUUGAAAAUGCAAACUAAGUACCUUGGAAGACAGUGGCGCAAAAGUAACAUGAAGACUAUGUCAGCUAUAUAUCAGAAAGUUCGACAUAGGCUCAAUGAUGAUUGGGCAUAUGGAAAUGAUUUGGAUGCAAGACCAUGGGACUUUCAAGCAGAGGAAUUUGCUUUGCAAGCUAGCAUAAAUCGCUUCCACAACAGAAGGUAUGAUCGAACGGGAUCACUAUGUAAUGACCCAGACUUUCAGUCUGUUGACAACAAUGUCUUAAGUGUCUUAGGGCGGGAAGUUGAGUUGACUGAUGACUUCAAAUAUCAUUAUGAAACGUGGCUGAAACGGGAAGUAUUUCAACUUUCAACAGAUUGGGAUCAACUUCUCAACUAUCAAUACGUCUAAUUUAUGCAUUUUUUUCGUGAACUUGCAGUAUUUUUAUCUGAUUGAAGAAAUUAUUGUAUAAAAAUAUUUAUGAGGUUUGAACCUACAAUGAUAUUUGUAUAAAAAUAGUUUAGAUAGGAAAAAGCAAAUAAAUCUGAUCUGUAGUGAGGCACACUGUUUUAAACUGAGAAAGAGUAUUAUGAAUUAUUAUAGGAGGAAGUUUAUUUUGGCAUCUUGUGUAGGAAAGCUUUUUAUAUCAAUGUAUGUAAAGAAUAUUACAAGUUUUGUCAUAGUAUACAGAUAUUUUUAAUAUUUUAUGUAAUAUGUAAGAAAUGUGGUUGCACUUUGUUAUAGACACAAAAUUCACUAUUAAUAUUUAAAUUAUUUUACUGCAGUGUGUUAUAAUGUUAUUAGAGAUUUAGUUUGCAUCCAUCAUGAAAUUAUUUUAAUUACAAUAAUUUUUUGCUGAAAAAUAUUUCUUCUUGUGUGUUAUACAAGUUCAUGUCUUUACUCCCCCCCCCUUUUCUUUUAAAUUCCUUGAAAUGGUCUGGAGUUGCCUAAUGCAUGUGCCUAUGAAUGUAUAUUUGUGAGUAUAUCAUUUAUUAUGUGAGCAGCAUAGUUAUUUCAGGGUGUGCAGUAAUCAUGAAAUUGUCCGAGCAUUUAUUUUUAGGAUACUUAUGUAUCUUCAGCCAUGAAAGUUAGCUACCAUUGAACCGUGUAAGCUGGCAAAAAUUCUGCCAGAGUUGCACCAAUCGUUCCUAUGCAUUUCUGAACAGCACUUUUGUCUGCAACUCUGGGAAUAAAACAUAUGCCAGUAUCUUCACAAACCACAAAAUAGCCACUGCUGCAAAAGAAUUUGAUCGAUUUGUUUUUGCGCUUCAUAAAAAAGUUUCAUCGAUUUCUACUAUUGUAUCAGGCCCUCUGAUUUUACUGAAGGCUCUGUUGAGAACAUUAUGAAUGUAAACUUCCUGCAGGUGGUUUUUCCUAUUUAUUUCUGUUUCUUCAGCCAUAUCAAGCUGUUCUUAUACCAAUUCAUUCUGUGUUAAUUCUUUCAGAACUGGAAUGCAUGGUAUUCUGCAGCUGUCUAACUCAUUUUGUUUUAACGAUAAGAAAAAAUGAAGCAAUAGCAGUUAAUUUAUAUCCUGGUUCAUUAAAAUUAAAGGUGGCUUAUCAAGAGUCAGUUGGUUAUCACAUCAAGCGAAAGUGCAGGUGUGCACAUUUAUCCACAGUUGGCAGUAAAUCUGUGUGCUUGGAUACAGUUUCCCGCUUGAUAGGAUAAUACUUAGUGCCAUUUUCAAAUAUGCAAAAUUUCACAUUGUAAAAAGUAUAAUUUUGGCUGUUAGGAUGAAAGUAAAAUAAACACUUUAAAUUUUGUGAUAUAUGAUCAUAUCUGAAAUGGCUGUAAAAACACAAUAUUUUAAUGUAGGUUAUAUAUGUUGCAAGAAGCAUGUGGCUAGUUUUAUAUAUAUAUUUAAGUAUUCCUUCAAAGUCCUGUUAUAAUGAGGGGAUUCUAGUCUUGAGGGGGUAUUUUUAUAAAAGUAUUCCCUCACUGAGGUGACAAAACUCAAUAAAAAUCAGAACGCAGAGAAUGCAGCUAAUCCUGAACACUAGCCUUCCUGCAUAAUUUACAGAAUUUCAUUCAUGGCUGUCAAGUGAUAUCUGGAUAGCUGUUUUAGUGUAUUCUUUAAUAUCAUUAGUAAGAAUUUUUUAUUGGUGUGUUUCUGUAGGGCUUGGUGCAGUAGCUCUUUUAACAUAUUCUUUAUUUAUUAAUUUUAUGCUUCAGAUUUUCUGUCAUGUCGUCAAGGUUUUUAAAAUUUCUAGUAAUUCCAUUAUAUUUCCAGAAAUUGUUGUACUAGAUUUGAAAAAGUUAAAUAUGUUUCCAUUAUGUUUUUCUCUCCCUCUCAAAAGUGUUAUUCUCAGUAAGGCCAAUUAAUUUUUUUAAAUCACCUAUUUUAAUUCAAAUUUACUAGCAGAAGUUAAUUAGCUUACUUAGAUGAUAAUGGAAGUGAUUCUAAAAUCCAUAGAACAGAGAAAAUGUUUCUCAGUGAAUCAGUGACUUCACUGUUAUUAAACUUCAACACUUGGAAUGUAAAUUUUUGCUAAUGAUUUUUAAAUAAAUUCUUCAGAGUUGUGUUAUUGAAAUGGUGUUUCUAAACGUCCCAGAUAUUAACAUUGUGAAGUGAUUAAAAUAUCCUAAACCAAUUUUACAAUCUACUGCUAGUCAUGAUUUUUUUUUUUUUUUUGUAAAUGUCACAUAAAUUUAUCAGUUGUUAAAUCUUACUAAAUCUUGUUUGUUUUUUGAGGCAAGGAAUUCAAAUUGCAUAACAAAUGCCCUGUGUACUUAAUUCUUGUAGUAGGCCACUUAAAAAAUUUUUCUUGUUCUUUGGGGUAGGAAAAUUAAAAAUACACAACAAAUGACACAUUAAAUUCUGAAAAUAGGAAUCAUUUGCAUUAUUUCCAUUUUAACAAUGAAAAUCUAAUUUGGGGUGUUUCCAGUGUGAUUUAUUCUUACUAGAUCUUCAACUAGGCAAAUGCAGACAGCUUCAUUAUACAAUUUAUUAACAACGUGUAUCUGGGGGGUCAAACUGUAUUGUGAAUGCAUGCCAUCUUUCCUUAGAAAGUCCUCCAUGAAGGCAUCCCUCCUCCAUGGUAGAUAGCUUUGCAAUAUUAAAAAAUAAUGAAUUACGUAAAUGAUAAAAGGAUUUCGAAGUUAUUUAAAUUUGUCCUUGGUUUUUACCUCAAUUUGCCCAUGUUUUUCAUUCUCCAUUUUGUUUUUUAACAGUUUUAUAUAUUUUGGCUACGCCUCUUCUUAUAUAGUCAUAAACCUGCUUCAGCAUUUUUUUUUUAAUGGCUACAGAUUGUCCCUUUUUAUCAAAAAAAAAUUCUCAUGUUUUGCCCUACUUUUUACUUGCAGUUCUCUCAAAUUCAAAGAAAAUUUUACUGAAUUCAGAAGUAUACAAAUUUUAAACAUGGAAGUUUGUUACUAAUUUGAGUUUUCUUUCCCUUGGCUGUUUUAAUUUUUUAGUACAUAACUGAAAAUUCCUGUACAUAUUUAUGGACAUGAUUAUAAAUUGGAAGAAUUAUUUAUUGAUUUAUGACUAGUCACUGUUUGAAAGUAUUAUUUCUAAAAUUUAAAGAAUAAAAUUUAAGCAAGAAAUUAAAAAUAAUGCUGAGUAAAGCUGAUGUAAAUAUUUAUAACAAAUUUAUACAUUUGUUCUUUGGUAUUUUCAUAGUAAAUAUUUUUAAAUAUUAUAUAAAGCCAAGAUUUCAGAAUUUAAGCAAUAUUUACCCAGAUAAAAUUAUUAUGAUUUAAUUUUAGAAUUUGCCCUUUAUUUUAUUCAAAGCAUAUGUAGAACAUGGUGUUGUCAGUGCUUUGUGCUCCAGAACUAGGCAAAAUUUUAUUGGUUUAAGCAUCUUUUGUUGUGUGUCUGUUUUAAAUGCAUCAUGAGUGAAUUAAUUUUAACUAUGUGUGCUGUUUUUACAAACCACGUGAAACUUAACUGCCUUAAUAAUAUAUUUGUUUAGUGACCAAAGAAAAAUAAAACUAACCCAUGCUGGUAUAAAGUAGUAUUUGUUCUUAAUAUGCUUUAAACUAAGUAAAAUAAUAACGUCUCUUAUUUUUCAGUUCUGAAAUGGCUAAAUGAAUUUAAAUGUUAUAAUAUUUCAUGCCUUAGGUAACAGUUUUUGUGUUUGCUUAUAAAAUGCUGUCAGGGUAUUUACUUGUUUAUUACUUGUCAGGGUGUUUACUUAAGUUUAAGUGUUAUAUAUUUAUUAAUUUAUAAGACAUAAAAUAGUAAACAUUUACAUAUUUUUUAUGUUUAUCUGCUUGCUAUUCUAUCCCUAGUAGAAAAUGCCUAAAUUUCUUUUUCAUCUGCUAAGUAUUUAUUAUUGAAUAGUUUUUGAUGUUGUUAGAUAUUAAUAUAUUUAAACAAUUAAUUACUUUUUAAUGAUAGUGCAGUGGAAAUAUGCUGUUAAGAGAAUUGGCAAGAUUUUGCUUACUUCUAAUCUUACAUAACAUUAAGUUUCUUAAUAUGAAUGAAAACCCAAAUAAACAAAGAAUUUUUCCAAGUUUUUAUGUUCAUGGUGCCAUGCAAGUCUUACGUCCGUUAUAUUUUAAUACUGUGGAUUUUUAUAAUAGUAUCAGAGAAAUAGUCUAUUUUAGAGCUGUUAUAUAUAUUUUUUUUCCAAAUGACUAUCAAAAUCAUAUUUUGAUUUCUGAAUGAGGAAUUUUUGCAUGUAGAGUAUGAGUAUACCCCAGAAGAAGAAGGUGAAAUGUGUUUCAGUGAUUAUUUUCAUUUAUGGUGUAGUGCUAUUAGUAAAAUUCUAGGGGGGACUUGAUUUUUAGGACAUUCAGUUCUCAUCUGUGUUUAUUCAUAGAGGGUUUUGCCUGUAAAGUACAUAAAUUUGAAAAUGGUAUUAUUUAUUGUAAAAUUUUGUAAUGAUAGAUGUGAUAAUGGUUGUAAAUGAAACCUAGCUGGCAUUUCAAGAUGGUUUUCAGAAUAAUGUAAUAUUUUUUAAUAAUAACUUUUUUACAGUAUUACAGAGUUCAGAUAUUUCUUAACAUGGGAUGGAGCUCAUACGAUUCUAUGUAAUUGACCAUGCAAUUUAAGAAAUAAGUAAAUUUAAUGUGGGUAAAAUAGGGACUGACUUACAAAGCAGUUGACAAACUGUGGAUAUCAAAUUGUUAGAUCAAAUCUAUGCAUGUUUUAAUGCCUUUGAAUCAUAGUUUAGUAAGGCUUCACUGAGCCUGUGUCUUUUAAAUUUUGUAUGUUUAAAAAAUGCAUACAUUGUUUAAUGUUGUUGUUGUGACUAAUCUCACUUGUCUGACUUAAUCAUCACAAGGCCACAAACUUUACUAUGGCAAGAAGACACUUGAGCACCCCAGGGGGGAUCAUUCUGAGGGUCUCUCAUCCCUCUUCUCGCACUAUCAAACCACACGAGAGGCCUUUCAGCUCACCAUAUAUUUAGAGGCUGUACAUUUACAAGAUCCAUACCUUCUCUGGAAUUCGAACAUGGUCCUUACGGUAUGGCAGCCAGAGUACUAACCACUAUUCUGUUGGCUGGCUGCACUUUAUUUAGUGCUAGAAGUAGAGAUAAAAGGCAUGUUUUAAUGUCAAACAUUUACUUGUGAUUUCAGUCAUUCAUCUAGGGAAUUGGUUCUAUUUUGUAGUGCAAAAGCUGGUAGGGUGGAUACAUCAAGUGUAAGUUGGCUGUUUAAUGGUGAGCAUGUUACCAUUAAAGAAAAUUGUAUUAUUUAUUGUAAAUUAUUAUUGUAAUUUAUUAAAGUGGAUUAUUUUUAAAAGCAAAAGUUUGUUUCCAUGAUAAUAAUAAAUUUUAUCUUGAUUUAAAUAUUUAAGCAUUUGGUGUGAUCUGCACUGGCUGCUAGAGUCAAAUGUUAUGGGAAAUUGUCAAGUUACUUUUAGAGUGUACUCAUCAUUUGUAGAGAUGGGACAUUUGAGUCUUCAAAUCCCAUGAAUUUUAUGAGAAAUUUGACAUGAAAACUUUAAUCUUUGUGCUUUCACAAUUCAAAUCCCAGCUUAAAAAAAACAUUAAAUAUUUUAACUUGAACCUUUUGAAAAAUAAAUUUUAAUUAUCUCUUAUGCACUAGUGAAAAAGAUGGUGAUUGUUGCAAUUUCAAUUUACAUUGAUCGCUCACAUCAUAGUAGCAUUGAGUUGCGCCCAGCCUUGUGGGAGAGAAUGUAGCAUUUCAUGUAUAAUGUGUACAUAUAUUAAUUCUAGAAAUAAUUCUGCCUUCCCUACAUUUGCUUUAAAUUUUUAAAUUUAGCUGUUGCUCAAAUAUUUUUUGUCAAAUUAUAUUGAGUAAAUGAAUCUAAAGAUUCAAGAGUUUUAAUUUUGUAUUUAUUUACCAAAUGUCAUUUGAAUCUUUUCAAUAAAUAUAAACAUGCUAUUAAAAAUUGUAAUUUCGAACUUGUUUUUCAUUAAACACAGAAUUGAAAUUUCGCUUUGAUAAGAAAAAUUUUUAUAUUCAAUAAAACAUUUUCCCUUUUUACUAUUCUUAAAUGAAAGGUAUAAAAAAUUUCAGAGCAUUUUGAGAUUUAGGUUUGAGAAAGAUUAGGAUCUGCCCCAUCUUGAAUCACCUGCAUAUUAUCUACCAGUGAGUGUACUAGCAUUUGCCACUAACAUCACAUUUCUUCAAAAUUUUUUCAAAGGUAAUGAAAAUAAAUAUAAUAUAUUUUGAUUUUUAUUUCAAGAAUUGAUGAAAUUAAAAUUUUAUUUGUAAAAGACAACUUCGGUUAUUUUUAAACUUGAUAUGUUAUUUGUAAUGCUUAUACUUUGUUUGUUUUAUUGUUUUAAUCCUGGUAUACGCUUUACUAGUUAAUGCUUUCAUAGGUUCAAUGUAAUUUAUGUCAUAUAAGUUAAUUCAAUAAUUUUUUUUGUGUGUAUGGGAAUUCAAUAUAAUUUUAACUUUUUAAUAUCUGAGGAGGAUAUUGUCAUUGUUAGAAUUGUGUAAAAUAGCAUUUAUCACCGGUUCUGCUUUAGGCAUCUAAACAAACAUUGUGUUACUUUCAAUAAUUUUAAGGAAAAAACCUUAAAAAUUUUUAUAUGUUUGAAACUACUUAAAUUUAUAUGUAAAUGCAUUUAAAUAUGUUGUUGGCAUUUUGUUAUUUCAAGCUCUUAUAUUUUAAAAUGUGUUUUUUGUUAUUUUCAUACAUGAUGAGAAAAUGAAAAUACUGAAUUUAUGUCAAUUCUCUUUUUAUAUAUGCAAAAUGUGUGUUAAUAUGUAUGCAGUGAGCAAUACACAACAGUUUUCUCAAGCUUUUGUCUACAAACUGGUGAUUAAUCUUUUUUUUGUCAGCUUUUGUCAAGAAAAACAACCUAAAAUACUUUUUUUUUUUUUUUUUUGGUAUGUGUGUGUGUGUGGUUAUCAGUAGAAAUUGUUACAUUCAAAAGGUUUCAUUACUCUGCAUACCUAUGCAAUGCAACAUUUCUUUAAAUUUUUGGUACAAGCAACAAAUGCAUUGUUAUAUUGGAUGCCUUUACCACAGUAUUUCUUAUAAUAAUAAUUAUUUCAUAAACUUCUGAUAAUAAGCUAGAGGUGACACAUUUUAUCUUGAAAAUUGUAAUCUGCUGUAUGUUUUUGAACGUGCAUAUAAAGAUACUUCCGAAAAUCUUUUUACAGUUUUAUAGUCAUGAAAUGAACAUUUUUCCAUUAUCUCCCAUAUGUAACAAUUUUUUUUCUGUGCAUAAAUAAGUAACAGUUACAUGUGGCAUUCUUCAUAAAGUUUUCUGUACAGCAAAAAAUUUAGAUCAUUUAUCAUAGCAUAUUUUAAAAUUUCUUUGAAAGAAAAUUUGUUUUUUUGAUGUUAAAUGUUACCACUAAAUAUUGCUGUACAAAUUUUAAACACACUGUCUACACUUCCUUGCUUUUCUGUACUGUAUAAUAUUAUCCUUCUAUUCAAAUUUAUAUACUUAAGAGAAGAUAUCUCUUUAUAGUUAUGCUGUCUACAAACCAUACUUAUUUCUGCUGAUAUUCCCAUUUUAAGUAGAAAAGACUGCUUGAUGAAGGCAGUUUGAAGACCUCUAACACAAAUGAAAACAGUGGCUAUAUGUAGAAUCCUAAUGUUAAACACAGAUUCAAAUUUUAAAAUGCUUGAAAGUGCACAGAUGAAACAAUACGUUUCUGAAUAUCAGUAUCUAUUGCAGUAGGAGAAAUUUAAUAGAUUUAUUUUUGCAUAUUAAUUCUUUAGUAGAUGCAUUUUCAUCAUAAGCAUGCUUCUUACAAACAUUUGCCUAAAAAUAUCCAUUGUCAUUUUCUGAAACAUAAAUUUCCUUUAUUAUCAAUCAAAAAUUAUGCAUAUAGCAUUAUGAAGCAAAUCAAAUAUAAACAGAAAAAAAUCAUUUCCAAUAAAUAUGAUAAUUAUCAAUUAAAAUUAUGCAUAUAGCGUUAAAGUUUAUUUUGAAAGUUUCGAAUUGAAAAUCCCAAACUCACUUUUUAUCUUUGAUGCAAUUGUUUGCUUAAAUUAAGCCCCCACCUCACCAAAAAAUAAAUUAAAUCAUUAUUUUAGGCUGUGUUUUAUCCACUGACAUUUAGUCAAGCAUCUUAAAACUAUACUAUAUACUUAAAACCAAAUCUUAAAUAAAGUUAAAACAUCCAAAUAUGAUGGCAGCAUUGCAAAUUUAAUAGCCACCUCUUUAACUGUUUCCCUGUAAUGGCAUUGCAUUUUCUAUUAAAUGUGUAUAAUACCUCUGUAACUGUGAACAUAAAUAGAAUCUGGUAAUUUUUUAUUACAAAUUAAAUAUUAUUUGGAAUUAAAAAAUUCACGCAUUGUUGCUGUUUGUUUUUAUUUUUAUGAAGCAUUAUGGAAAACAAAAUUCGUAUGUCAUCCUUUUGACUGCUUUAGUAUUUCUGUAUUAACAUUAGAAUUUAAUAAGCAGAUUAAAAUUUUAAAUUUUUUUGAUUAGCUAUGUUAGAUGCUGAAAUUCGUAAAUUGUUAAACUCAAGUAUAAAUUGAUAAUAUAUUCAACAUAAAGCAACUGUGCAGCAAAGCAUGAACAGUACCACAGGCGACUCAGAAUAUUAUGAGCUAUUUCUGUUUUUAUUUUCGCUGUAGGAUUAUGAUUUUAAACUGAGUGAAUGUAUUGUCUGUUUUGGAAUUAAACGGAAUUUUGAAUAGCGAAAGACCAAAGUAAUUGAGUUAAAAAAAAACUUUUUUUUUUUCAUGGAAAGGUUUAAAAAAGGCUUUCAUUAGUUGGUUCAAGUUUUAAAAUGAGGGAAAAAACUAUUAAAACUAAAUAUUUUUUAUGUCUGAGCAUCUAUGAGUACAUAAUUUAUGAAAAGUUAAAGUGGAAGCUCUUCUAAAUGGAAAGGGAGUCAGAUAUUUGAAAAUUAGCUGCUUGAUGAUAAACAGCAUUCUCAAAUUGUUCGGGGUGGGAGUUAAAAUACUACAUUGUAAGUUUUUCAACGUUUAAAUAGAACCCAAAGUGACAGUAGUGAGAAUCUUUGUCUUAAAGGUAAAAUGACACUGAUAGGCAUUGCAGUUACUUUUCUUAAGAUCAUAUUUUCACUACCAGAUACAGCACUGCAUGUCUUAGGUGAUAUAUGGAUCAAUGUCUGUGUUAAUUAUUACUAAAAUGGUUUAUUUAAAAUAUACCCCUGAAUGCUUUUUGUGUGUCCCCAAAGCUUCAUAAAAGCAAAACCUGUGCAUUUAGAUUCAUCCAAAUAGAGUGCUGAAUUUGUUGAAAUUAUGUGUAUGUGAACAGUAUUUAACUUUUUUCCAUAGUUCGUUUGUCACUAUAUGUAAUGUAAAAGAAGCUGAGAGAAAAAUAAUUGGAAUCACCUGCAUUGAAGUGACUAUAAUUAUUUUAACUCUUCUUAUUUUGAGUACUGCAGUUCCUGAAAUUUACAGAAGUAUAUAGAUCAGCAGUGUUCCUUCAUCUGAAAAAGUCUGUAUUUAGCAAAUAUAAAAAUGAUCUUUAUUUUGUACAUAUUGUGAAAUAUUGGUAUUUGCGACUUUGUGUACAUGAUUUUAUGUAUUUAUUUUUUAUAUAAUUUUUUAUUAAAGAUUUUAACAUUUAUCACCUUUUUUUCCUUUUCAGUAAAAACAUAUUACUUAAUGCAUUAAAAGAAUGACCCGCAUUAAUUCUUCCUGAUCUGAAUUCACACGUUUAAGUGAUUUAAUGUGUACAGACAUUUUAUUUUGACUAACAGAUUACAUGUAAUAUCACUUAUGAUAUUCAGUAACCUGUUUAAACUUUUGAAACCGUAAAUAAAGCAUUUUAUAAUA